UCCUGAGAUCUUCCAUCCACAAUCUCUCUCUCUCUCUCUCUCUCUCUCUCUCUCUCAGGCCAUGAAGCAAAUAUCUCAUCAAGCGAUUCUUACUGUUUUACUCCUCUUUUCCCUCCACUCAGUAGCAUCUGCUCGCCUCUUGCCACCCCAUCAAGUGGGGAAGCAGGUGAAGAUUAAUGGGAUUGGGAUCACUCAUGCAGAUUCAUCCAUCAAUACACAAGAAGAUGACUCGUUUACUCAAAUGGGACGGGAGGAAUGCAAUGAAAAAGAUGAAGAUUGCAUGAGGAGAAUGGUUGCAGAGGCUCACUUGGAUUACGUAUACACCCAACCAGGGCCAGAUUACGGUCAGCCCUAAGAUUUUAGGGAUUUUAAGUAAAUUUUUUUAUGAUGGCUUUCAUGAUUGUAUUUAAAAAUAAAAUUAAUAUAAAUAAAAAAUUAUUAUUAUAUAAAAUUCAUAAUAUAUUUUUUUGUGAUGUUCCGAUGGUAUUUUGUAAUUAUAAAUUAUGGGAUUA